GACAUGUCGACGACUGAGAAACGAAAAAUAUCUAAAAAUACAAAGCACCGACGCCCCAAAUAAAGGUGCGAAUAAUGAAAAGCCGUUUCUUCUUAAUCUUCUUCACCGUUGUCUCUCUCCCCUUCUUGUUCAUAUCCUCUCUGAUCGCCAGUGAUUUAGGCUUUUGUGACGACGACAUGGCUUUACUCGGCGGCGUUCGCGAUGUCCCUUCCAAUCAGAACAGUGGUGAGGUCGAGAGCCUCGCUCGUUUCGCUGUCGAUGAGCAUAACAAGAAAGAGAAUGCACUGCUUGAGUUUGCGAGAGUGGUGAAGGCGAAAGAACAAGUUGUAGCCGGAACACUGCAUCACCUGACUCUGGAGAUCCUCGAGGCAGGUGAGAAGAAGCUUUACGAAGCUAAAGUGUGGGUGAAGCCGUGGUUGAACUUCAAGGAGUUACAGGAGUUCAAGCCUGCCAGUAACAUUACUCCCUCUGAUCUUGGCUGCAAGAAAGAUGAGCAUGGAUCGGGAUCGAGGGAAGUUCCAGGAGAUGAUCCUGAAAUGCAGCACGUUGCUGAGCAUGCUGUCAAGACCAUCCAGCAGAGGUCUAACUCCUUGUUCCCCUACCAACUUCUGGAGGUUAUGCAUGCUAACGCUGAGGUAACUGGGGAGUCUGCUAAAUUCAACAUGCUUUUAAAGUUGAAGAGGGGGGACAAAGAGGAAAAGUUCAAGGUGGAAGUUCACAAGAACCAUGAAGGUGAUCUUCAUCUCAACCACAUGGAGCAACACCAUGACUAGUCCCUCUACUCUGUUUAUGUACUUCUACUCUGAGUGUUGUGUUGUGAACUUAACUCUGUAAGAUAUUUAAAAUUCUGAUGAUGUAAACCAUAAAACCUUAAAUAACAUAUCACGAGAAUAAAUUAGGAAGUUUCAUAAA